GUUAACUGGCAGACAAAGACCCAAACAGGUGGUUCGGCUUUGGACAAGCACAUAACGUCUACCUGAGGAUGAUUCGAUGAUCGGAAACUUCCAGGUCGAUAAAUACGGCUUUACAGAUCUCCUAGGUAUAAAAGAAGCGAAUCACGAGAGAUAGCUGUAGGGAAGUACACGUCAACGAAGUUGCAAUGUUCUACCAACCUGGAAAAGAAGACCACGGAUUACCGUACGAUCCAUUCAAAGCAUGCGUCCUUCCCCGACCGAUAGGCUGGAUAUCGACACUCUCACCUGAUGGCCACGCAAAUCUAGCUCCCUACUCUCAAUUCAACAAUCUCACCUUCGACCCGCCAUACGUAAUGUUUAGCGCCAAUCAAACGCCUAGCAACUCACAGAAAGAUACUGUCCGCAACGUCGAAGCUACAGGAAAGUUUAUUUGGAAUCUAGCGACGUAUGAGCUAAGGGAGGAAGUAAACAGGAGUGCAGUGCAAGAAGAAUAUGGUGUUGACGAGUUUGAGAAGGCGGGUGUAGAAAAGGAGGACAGUAAGCUGAGUGGAGUUGUUGUAGUUGGCAAUAGUGGCGAGGGCAGGAAGGAAAUGAUGAUCCCAAUGGUGAUGCGCAGUCCGGUGAAGUUCGAGUGCGAGUACUACACUACGUUGCGACUUCCUGGAAACCCGCCUAUGGGGUCAGCAGACGUGGUGAUAGGGAAGGUAAUCGGUGUGCACAUCGAUGAGCGCGUGUUGACUGAUGGCAAGAUCGAUGUGAGGAAGACGGAGCCGAUUGCUCGAUGUGGGUACUAUGAAUAUGCGGUCGUGAGGGAUACUUUUGAGAUGCGCAUUCCGGGAGAGGACAAGGCAAUUUUAGCGGGGUUGGAGGGGAGUGCUAAGAAGAACGAGAUGUUGGAUAGGGAAGGACAUGUAGACGAUGGCGCGAAGCGAUGAUAGGAGUUGCCAUAGCAGACAAAGAUCAGUGGAACAGCCGAUGAUACCACUGUGUCUGCCUAGAGGCUGAUGUGACGAGCAAAAUAUAUACACG